UUAUUGAGAAGCGAAGGUUAUAUGAAGGGGUACUGCGUAAUCGCGAGGUCUUGGUUGGGGGGGUAGUUGGAAGAUUCGUAGUUGGUGUCUAACGGACGAGUGGAGGUUAAGCCGAUGCAAAAGUGGCCUCUAUUUAAAUAGAUCAACGAAAGGUAAUCGCGAGAGAGGACUAAAGGGAUUCUAUCACAGAGACACGUAUAAAAGCAUGAACUCAAACGUUGAGAAUUUGCCUCCACACAUAAUUCGCUUGGUCUACAAGGAAGUAUCAACUCUGACAUCUGACCCACCAGAAGGAAUAAAAAUAUUUCCCAAUGAAGAGGAUAUAACUGAUUUGCAAGUUAGCAUUGAAGGUCCAGAGGGCACUCCAUAUGCAGGAGGGGUUUUUAGAAUGAAAUUGAUCUUGGGUAAAGAUUUCCCAUCAGCACCACCAAAAGGAUACUUUUUAACGAAGAUAUUUCAUCCAAAUAUUAGUUCAAACGGAGAGAUCUGUGUCAAUGUAUUAAAGAAAGAUUGGAAGGCUGAGCUAGGCAUUAGACAUAUUUUGCUUACAAUAAAGUGUUUGUUGAUUCACCCAAAUCCAGAGUCUGCGCUGAAUGAAGAGGCUGGACGCCUCUUGCUGGAGAACUAUGAAGAGUAUGCUUCCCGUGCAAAACUCAUGACUGAAAUCCAUGCACAGGCUUCCAACUUGAGGGGUAAAGAUACAGCAGACCCGUGUUCAUCUGCAUCACCUACACCGUCAAAUGGUGAUGGACCUAUGGCUAAGAAACAUGCUGGGGAUAGGGACAAGAAGCUAGCAGCAAAAAAGAAGAUGGAUAAAAAAAGAGCAUUGAGGAGGCUUUAAGUAAUAGGAAAAAACAUCUAUGGGGCUAGGAUCAAACCAUGAGCGUGAAAAGAACUUGUUUGCAAACUUUUAAAGUAUGUGGGAGGGACUGAAAGAUUUGGGGGAGUCGCUACACCCUCUUCCUUAUAUUCUGUUUUUUAACGCUUCAUUUUGUUUUCCAAUCUAAGUUAUUUAAAUUAUAAAUCUAUUAAAAUACUUUCACAUGA